ACCUUCAUGUCUUUCCGGUUUGUUCGAAUAUUUUAGGGUUUUGCAGUAGCUCGCUCUUCCCUUUCUCUUUUGUUCACGGAAAUUAGGGUUUGGUUUAGGGUUUCUUCUCGACCUUUUUCACUUCUCUGCAACCUCGUCUUGGUUAAAAGAUCUACUGUAACUAUGACGACCGUUGUUGAGACUUCAGAGGAGGAUUCAGCUCUCGCCGUGGUCCGAUUCACUGCAGAGGUGGCUUGGCAAGAUGCAGGACCGGAGCUCGCAGAAAGUGAGGUGGCUAGAUCACUUGAUCAUGCCCAAGAACAUAUGGUGAAUGGUAGAUGGUUAGAUUUGGCAUCUCAUAUGCUCACAUUAGCUGAACUCAGUUUUACCCGAGUAGCUGAGAAAGAUUUAGAUUGUAUCUAUACUGUUAUUUGCAACCUUGUCACAAAAGCCCGAAGUCCUGAUGAAGCCGGAGAGAUUGCAAGGGAGAUAUCUUCGGGAGUCCUUAAGCAACCAAAUGAAAAGCCUGCUUUGCGCUUGAAGAUACUGUUCAAUCUAUACAACCUUCUAGAGCAGCCCUUCAGCCGUUUCCAGGUCUAUCAGAAAGCGCUCAAGCUGGCGGUUGAUGGAAAAGUUACGGAGAGCAUCAUACCUUCUUUUAAAAAGAUGGACAACUUCUUGAGAGAGUGGAAUAUUGGAGUCAUGGAUCAAAGAAAACUUUUCCUCACCAUAUCCAACAUUCUGAAGGAGAACAAGAGCUCAACAAAGGAUUCAUUCUCCUUUUUAACCAAGUAUUUAGCAACCUUUUCUGGGGAAGAUGCACAUACCAUGAGUGAAGCGAGAGAGGAAGCUGAACGGGCAAUUAAAGAGUUUGUGAGGGCACCUGACAUGUUUCAGUGUGAUCUAUUGGACAUGCCAGCUGUUGUCCAGUUGGAGAAGGAUGGGAAAUAUGCAUUGGUAUAUCAGCUGUUGAAGAUAUUUGUCACCCGAAGGCUGGAUUCCUACUUGGACUUUCAUGCUGCAAAUUCUGCUUUGCUUAAAAGCUGGGGUCUUGUCCAUGAAGACUGUAUCACAAAGAUGCGGUUGAUGUCUCUGGUGGAUCUGGGUUCGAGUGGUUCCGGUGAGAUCCCUUAUGCUGUUAUCAAGGACACCUUAAGGGUGAAUGAUGGGGAAGUGGAGUACUGGGUAGUUCGGGCAAUAAGUGCAAAGCUACUCGAUUGCAAAAUGGACCAGAUGAACCAAACUGUAGUAGUCAGUCGUUGUACUGAACGCACAUUCGGAUUGCAGCAGUGGGAAGGCCUUCGUUAUAAACUUGGCCUUUGGAGGGAAAAUGUUGCAAAUGUUGUGAGGACUAUUCAAGCUGCGAGGGCAUCAGGUGAAGUAGUUCCUCAAGCUCUAUAAGGUAUGGCUCAUUAGGCAUUCUUCUCAUUUGUGGUAUUUGACAGCAAAUGCACCCUUUCAACAAGCGGGGUUUUUACCCAUUCGAGAUUGCAAUUUUAAUCAAAUUUUCCCCAUUGGUUGUAGAGAUUUUGAUGUGAGAGAAUUUCGUGAACUAAAUUUGAAAAGUGAGGAGUUUACUUUGGCAUC